CGCCGUCGUUGCGCUGCGCGGAGGGGAGUUCGGCCUGUGAGGACUUCGUAGUCCUUCGCAAACUCCUGCAUCUCCUGUCAGAAAAAACAGCUGCAGCUGUGGAACCUGCACAAUUUCAGCAGCACUGUCCCCUCCUUGAUGUAAAGCAAGGAGACUUAGAUUUUGUUCCAAUAUUUUCACCCCGCAUGUCCUUUAGCCGACUGAUGUCUUAAACUGAGGGAGGUGCUGCUGAUGUUUGGAGAAACUUGGCUGGGAGUCAGCAAGUCUCCACCACUGAGUAGCUGCUGCUACAUAUCUCUUCUUUAGGCAGAAUUUCCAGUUAUUUCAGAUUUGAAUUAGAAUUGAGGUUACUGACUUUCCAUGAUGUUCGGUGGUUAUGAGACUAUAGAAGCAUAUGAAGAUGAUCUUUAUCGUGAAGAAUCAUCCAGUGAACUGAGUGUUGAUAGUGAGGUGGAAUUUCAACUCUACAGCCAAGUUCACUAUGCCCAAGAUCUUGGUAAUGCUAUCAGGGAGGAAGCACAUGAAGAAAAGAACUCUGAGAAUUCUGAGUUGAGUACUAAAUCACAUCAGAACUUAAUUGUUCUUUCAGAUAGUGAGGUCAUCCAGCUAUCAGAUGGUUCAGAUGUCAUCACUUUGUCUGACGAAGAUAGUAUUUAUAGAUGUAAAAGAAAGAAUAUUAGAGUCCAAGCACAGAAGAAGACCAGAGACCCUUCUGAUUCUUAUUCUGAUGAGUUGACUGAUAAAUGCAAAUGGGAAAUUGAGAAGCCUAAACCUGAAGAAAGAUCAGGUGCGAUCCGAGAGGUCAUGAUUAUAGAGGUCAGUUCAAGUGAAGAGGAAGAAAGCAUCAUUUCUGAAAGUGAAAAUGUGGAAAGCUGGAUGCUACUGGGUUGUGAAGUAGAUGAGAAAGACGAUGAUAUCCUUCUCAACCUUGUGGGAUGUGAAAACUCUGUUACUGAAGGAGAGGAUGAUGUAAACUGGUUCAUCAGUGACAAAGAUGUUGAGGCCCAGAUAGGUAAUAACAGAUCAUCUGGACGAUGGACCCGUCGAUACUAUUCAGCCAACAAAAACGUUACCUGUAGAAAUUGUGAUAAGUGUGGUCACUUGUCAAAAAAUUGCCCCUUGCCACAAAAAGUUCGUGCCUGCUGCCUCUGCUCAGAGAGAGGACAUCUCCAGUAUGCUUGUCCAGCACGCUUUUGCUUAGACUGUUCUUUGCCAAUGUCUUCCACUCACAAAUGUCUUGAAAGAUCUUCCUGGAGAAAACGAUGUGACCGAUGUGAUAUGAUAGGCCACUAUGCUGAUGCUUGCCCAGAAAUCUGGAGGCAGUAUCACCUAACGACCAAACCUGGCCCACCCAAAAAGCCAAAGACUCCUUCUGGACAGUCAGCCUUGGUGUAUUGCUACAACUGUGCACAAAAAGGCCAUUAUGGACAUGAAUGUACAGAAAGGCGAAUGUUUAACCAGACAUUUCCAACAUCUCCAUUCAUCUACUACUAUGAUGACAAAUAUGAAAUUCGGGAGCGAGAUCGGAGAAUAAAACGAAAAGUAAAAGAACUCCAGAAAAAUGGGGAUUUCCCAAGGCAGUUCAAGAGACCACAUAUGGAAGCAGCAGAUAAGAGACCCCUCCGUGACAUGAGGAAGAGCCAUGCCUCCCAGGAAAGCAAGUGGUGUCCUGCAGAUGAUGAAGGUCAGAGAGAAAUGAUAAGCCGAAAUAGAGACCCAGAGAAGCAUAGGAAGGUUGACAGACAUUGGGAAGUGAAUGAGGACUUUCCUAGGGGCACUCACUCUUCUCCCAGCAGCUUUAAAACCCAGAAGCCCCACAAGUCCCUUCAUCACUCAUCACAUCACCACAAGCCAAGAGAAGAUAAGUUUCCCAGAGAUAGCAAGCGGAACAAGCAGAAGAAAAAGGAGAGAUAUGUGGAAGAUGAUGCCAAUGAUAAUUUAUUUCUUAUUAAGCAGAGGAAGAAAAAAUCUAAGCUGUGAUACAGCUUCUGAGUCAGCUUCAUGUCUACAACAUUCUAGCAAUAUUUUUUAUUACCUGUAAUUAAAUAAAAGGAAGUUUUUGUUUUUACUGUUUAAUUUCAGCCAUACUUAAAGUUGCUGAACAAAGGUCAUAGAGAUCUUAGUUCUCUGUAUCUACCAGGUUUGUAGGUAGAAAAUAGAUAAACUUAGACCUUCCAUUGGAAUAUCCUUUUUAUUCAAAAUCUUUGGGAUAG